AUGGAACUGACCCCAACCCUGCUAACCAGGGAUGUGUACCACAACAUUGAGGCUCUGGAUCCAGAGAAACUGAAUGUGUUUCGGACUGUUAGGGAGAUUACAGGUUUCCUGAACAUCCAGUCGUGGCCAGAGAACAUGACAGACCUGAGUGUCUUCUCCAAUCUGGCAACCAUAGGAGGUAGAGCACUGUACAGUGGUAUCUCUCUCCUAGUGUUGAAGCAGCGGUGGAUCUCAUCCCUCCAGCUCCAGUCCCUGAAUGAGAUCAGUGCUGGUAACGUGUACAUCACCAAUAACAGUCAGCUGUGCUACUACAACACCGUCAACUGGACCGGCCUGUUCAGAGCCAACAACCAGAAGGUCCUCAUACGCAACAACAGAGACCCCAAAGAGUGUACUACUGAGCGGAUGGUGUGUGAGCCUCUGUGUUCRGACGCUGGCUGCUGGGGGCCGGGACCAGACCAGUGCCUGUCCUGUCGCUACUUCAGCCGGGGACGCAUCUGUGUGGACACCUGCAACCUCUAUGAAGGGUGA